AUGUGGGAUUUACUAUUUAAACCGGGUGCUUAUUUCGUAGAGGCGGGGAGACGGCGUGAGGAGGAGAGAAGAGGGAGAGAAGAGGGAGGAACUUUGUUACCAGGCUUCGCGCUGUGUUUCCUCCGGCAGUGCGCGCUCAAAGCAGACGCGCGAUGCCUUAUAGAGCUUCCAUUUGGAGGAAAUAAGCUGUGUUUAUCAAGGAGUGUGAGAUGA